AUGGCUCCAAGAAUUGGAAAGAGAAGUGCUAAAAAUUCAUCAUCAAAUCCUUUGGCUCAAAGAUUAGAUUCCACAAAGAUCAAACCAUCAUCAUCAUCAUCCAAAGACAACAACAACAACAAUAACAAGAGAAAACCUUAUGAUUCAAAUCCUUUACUAGCUCGUUUGUCUGAAAUUGGCAACAGGAAAUCAUCAGGAUCAAACAAUAAUUCAAAUGAAAACCCUUUGGCUCAAAGAAUACGAAAUGGUAAAUUUGUUCCACCAUCAAUAACAAGUCAAACUCAAGCAUUACAAAAUCAAAGAUUAAGAAAAUCAGCACCAUCAAAGACUCCAGAGGGGAAAAUCACUAAAAGAUCUAAAUCAGCAUCUAACAACAACAAUAAUAAUAUACGGAAUGGUUCCUCUAAAACAGUUCUAAAAAUUAGAAAUGCAUCAAAUCCAAAUUUUUUAAAGAUUAAAAAUUUAGAAUAUGGUACAAAUAUUCGUGAUUUAAAAGUUGUUUUAGAAUCAAUUGGUAAAACUAAAAGCAUCAAAAUUAAAGAUUUAGAAUCAGGUUCUGCAUUAGCUGAAGUUAUAUUUGUUUCUGAAGCAACUUUAGAAAAAGCUCAUACUCAAUUAAAUGGUGCUAUUGCUGAUGGUCGUACUUUAAGAACUGAAAUAACUAGUGAUAGUGAAAUCUUCAAUGGUGCUGUUGAUUCAUAUCCAAAUGGUCCAAGAUCAAUGAGAAGAUGA